UUAUCGUAAUCCCAAACUCUUCCUCUCAUUAGCUCUUCUUCUACUACCUUGUGUCAUCAGCAUUGAUCCUCUCUUUAGUAUAUGCUCAAGCUCUAAUGACUAUUCUGCUUCCCAGACCUUCAAACACAACUUAAACAAGUUGAUGUAUACUCUUGCUAACCGAGCUCCGGCAAUUGGUUUCGGUCUUGAAUCAGUUGGUGAGGGCCAGAAUCAAGUUAAUGGUCUUGUUCUUUGCCGUGGUGAUCUCAAGAUUGUAGCCUGCUCGACAUGCAUCCGUGCUGCAGAAGGCCAUGUCCGAAAACUGUGUCCUUUCAAAAAGGAAGCCACCAUAUGGUUUGAUGGCUGCCUCUUUCGCUACUCGAAUAAUAAAUUCUUUGGUGAAUUAGACAAUAGCAACGAGUUCUGCAUGACUAACACUCUCAAUGCAUCCGUUAACUCUGUGGCAUUUAAUAUGAAAGUUACUGAGUUGAUGCAUAGAUUAGCACUGGCAGCUCAUCUUUCACCAUUACUGUAUGCCACCGGAGAGAUAAAGAUUGGAGAAUCAGAGAAGCUUCAUGGUUUGGUUCAGUGUACAAGAGACCUCUCUGGAGGAGAUUGCAAGAAGUGCCUUGAGAAUGCUAUUGGUGAGCUUCCUAGUUGUUCUUAUGGGAAGCAGGACGGAAGACUUAUGGGUGGGAGUUGUAACAUUAGAUAUGAAUUGUACCCUUUCUUUGAUGCUUAG